CACCCUUGUGUGUUCUGUCCCAAGUCGUUCGCUAGGCAAGAACAUCUGCAGCGCCACAUUCGAACUCAUGAUGGGAAGAAAGACCACGGCUGCCCGCUCCCACAUUGUGGCAAGGCUUUCAACCGGAACGACAACCUCGUUGCGCAUUUCGCGACGCAC